UCUUAGAAGGGGUCAUGGGUCUUACAUAACUGAAGGGCUUGACAUGAAAGGCUGACUGUCCUUCUGUUCACUCAUCAACUUUUCAUUGAACGCCCACCGUGCCCCGCUCCAGGCCCCCGGAAGCACGCCGACCUGCCCACGUUCUUUGGUGUCCUAGCAACCAGAAGCUCUCACCUGAGCUCCGGCCAGCACAGAGGCCAUUUUCUCUCUGACCGCCAUGACCUGCAGCCUCCCUGGGCCUCUGAGGACCUGUCUGCACAGCUCGUGUGUCCCCUGAAAGCCACCACUUGUCCCCAUGGACACCCAGAAGCCCAGCCCAGCCUCCCCUCCUUGCAGAAUGAGCUUCUCGCUCACAUUCUCUGAGCUGGUCAACAUCGCCAUCCCGCAGUGCGGGGUGGUGAACUUCAAGGCCCUGCACCUCCUGCUCCAGGGCAUCCUGGAGCACAUCCACCUGGCUGAGCUCAAGAAGGUCCUCUCGGGAGACGAGGACUUUCUCCAAACCCCGCUGGCCGCGUUCAUGCCCCGGGAAGCAGACGCCCAGCCCAUCCUGCACCCCAUGAAGAGGCUCAGCAAUGUCUUUGACCACGUGGUGAGCCGCAUCGACAAGAUGGAGAGCCAGCUGGCCAUGCUGCAGGACCUGCCAUCCACUUCCCAGCUGCUGGAGGGCAGCCGGGGCAAGGGCAAGCCCGCCCAGGAUCUGUGGCACCUGAUAAAGCUCCGGAAGAUGGUGGAAAGCAAUGAAGAAGCCAUCGCAAAGUCCGUGAAGAUUCUGCAGGAUUUGCUCACUGACAUUUAUGCACUCAAGGUCUCCACUGAAACUCUCAGAAAGGAUAUGGACAAACUGAAGGACAUACUUGAAAAGAUGCACCCAGAAAGAAUGGAUACUUUCUUGGAGGAUCUGAGAGGACAGACCCAGAAGAUAAGUGUGCUGCAGAAGAAAGUGGUUUCUCUCCAGAGCAAGAUCCUCACCAUCCCCAAAGCUGAGGACGUGGUGCUCUGGAGCAGCCUCCAUGAAGCCAUGUUCAGCCCCGGAACUUUAACACAAGGAACCAGUUCACUACGGUUUGAUGAUUCGGAGCUGUUGCAGAUUGUGGAUCAGCCCCCAAAGACAGAUCAUCCCCAGACCACGGAGUACCCUGAAGCUGUUCGUCGUGUCCCGGUCUCAGGGGUCACCGAACGCCCCAGGUUACCGGAAUCUGCCUGGCAUUACGAAAUCCUGGAGGAGCUACAGGAGGAGGAAUCUGCCCAAGCUGUUCUACUCGCCGGGGCCCAGGGGCCGGGGCAGCCUCAAGUGCCCAAGCCUGGGUCUGAGCCCGAGCCUGAGCCUGGGCCCGAGCCUGGGUCUGCGCCCGAGCCUGAGCCUGGGGCCGAGCCUGGGUCUGCGCCCGAGCCUGAGCCUGGGCCCGAGCCUGGGUCUGCGCCCGAGCCUGGGCCUGGGCCCGAGCCUGGGUCUGCGCCCGAGCCUGGGCCUGGGCCCACGCGGAGGCCACAGUCUAAGCCCACUCCUGCACCAGGGCCUGUGCUGGGGCCUAGUCUGACACCUGGAUUCCCACUAGCACCUGGGCCUGCCCUCAGACCUGGGGCCGCCCUUGCCCCUGAGGCUGUCUCUGGGCCUGCACCUGCCCCAGGGUUUCAGCCCACACCACCAGCAGGCUGGCGUCUUCCCAGAGGCUGGUCCAGAGCUAGCAGUUGGCCUUCUGGGGUCUCGGGCUCCUUGCAGCUUGGCCCAGACCCAUCAGGCCUCCUGCCUGCACAGUCCCAGGGAUUCAGGGCCCCCCCACCAGCCAUGGAGUUUGGCUCCGCUUGGCCCUGUCCACUGUGGUCACAGUCCAGCCACGCACAGGUACAUCUGCUGCCGGCUGUCUCAGAAAAUCAAGAAGAAUAUUUAUCCCACGACAUGCCAGCUCCUCAGGCCAGGACCCCCAGGGCUGAGGACCCCAAAGCAGCACCCCCCAAGGCUCCCCCAUCUGCCCUUCAGCGGUUGAAGACCACCGCCACCAUUGCGGCUGCCGCCGCCGCCUCCUACGCAAAGGCCGCCACGUUGGCAGCCCGGCAAGCUGAGGCCGCCACCAAGGCCAUCAAAAACGCCCCGGCCACCAAGUUGGCCACCAUAGCAACAUCCGUGGCUGCAUCUGGGCCCCUAGGGGUCUUCGCAGACAUCCUGGGCGCGGGAUCUUCCCGUGGGGCCUUGGCCUCUGUGUCCUUGGCUGAGGACACCAAGGCAGAAGACUUGCAGGGGUACAGCGAAGUCUUCUAUCCCCCAUACUCUGCUGCCAGCAUCUCCCCCGGUAGGGCCUUGUCCCAGGCCAUGCUGGCUGCCCAGAAUGCCGUGACCACCGAGGACAAGAAGGAGGCUGUCAGGUACUCCAUGGGCCACAUAGCCCAGAUGCCCAUUAGACACGACUCCCUGAAAGAAGAUUUUGUACAGCUGUCGUCCAGCCUUCAGCAGCACUUGACUUAUCUAGCUAAUCUGGGAGCCUCUUCUAAGCUCGGCACGACAGUGGACGUACUGCAGGAAAAGAUUGGGAACCUCCAGAGAUCCAGGAUGAAGGAGGAGGAACUUGAAAGAAUUUGGGGCCACCAAAUAGAGAUAAUAAAGGAUCACCACCUCGUGCUGGACAGGGCAGUGGAAAAGCUCCAGACUCGCCUGGGUGACUUGAAGAUUGUCCAUGCUCAAAUUAAAAACCUCGAAAUGCACAAGGUGGACAAAAGUGUGAUGGAGCAGGAGCUGAAAGAGAAAGCCGACAGGAGCACCCUGGCAGGCAAGGCGAGCCGAGCUGACCUGGAGACGGUGGCCAUGGAGCUGAACGAGAUGAUUCAGAGCAUGCUCUUCAGGGUCGUGACCCACGAGAAUGACUGGAAGAAGACUGAGGAAAAGCUGAGCAAGGACCUGAGCACCAAGCUGGCCCACAGUGAUUUGGAUGACCUAAAGAAAGACGUGGAUGAGGUCUGGAAAAUAGUCAGGAAGCUGCUGAUUGAAGGCCUCCGAUUUGACCCUGACAGUGCUGCUGGCUUUAGGAAGAAACUGUUUGAGCGGGUGAAAUGCAUCUCCUGCGACCGGCCCGUGGAGAUGAUGACUGGCCCGCAACUCAUCACCAUCCGCAAAGCCCAUCUCCUCUCGCGGCUGCGCCCCGCCAGUGCCAACAGCUAUGAGUACCUGCAGCGGCAACGGAUGAGGGAACAGCAGCAGCUACAGCAGCUUCAGGAUCUUGAAGACCAGGACAGGAGUCUGGAUGCGCUGGGACCCCAGCAGGACUGGGGCGACGGCCCCGGCAAUGAUGCUAACCUCAAGUUCAAGUCCUAUGACUUGUCAACAUUCUACCCCUACGGGGACCCUGAGGUGUUGGACUAUGACACAGCCGAGGUGGACAUUCUGGGAGUGGACGGGAUCCUGUACAAGGGCCGAAUGAUCAACCAGGAUGGGGCACGGCCUUCGACGGGCGUGGAGAAGGAGCUGGCAGCUGUGAAGGUUCCGCAUCCCCCAACUCGAAGCCUGUAUGAUCGUGAACGCCCGAGUGCCUUGUUUGGUGCCAUCUACCCCCGCCUGCACCCCCGCAAGGGUGUGUGCUCAGCCACCUCGGGCUCCCAGCCUCCGAUGCCAGCUCGGCCUCCAUCGCUGCCGCCCCUGCCCCUGCUGCCGCCACUGACGCCAUCCCAGGGGGACCCCCAGCAGGUCCCGCGGCCUGCCCGGCACACACGGCCUCUGCGCCUCGAGUCCCGAGCCGGCACGCAGCCUGCCAGCCCGACUGUGUCUAAAUGAGGCCAAGCUUUUCCUGACCCAGGUGACUUACCUGUCCCAGACACCUUGAGGGGCACCGGCUGGUGCAGUCCUGGACCCUGCACCCAUCCCCGUAUCACAGAUGAGUAUUUUUGGCACGUUCUCCCCAUAAUAAAAUCUUUCACUUUUUUGA